GAGGAAACACAAGAGGAGGUGUCCUGUUCCUCCACAGCUCACGCACUUCCACUGCAAUACAAAAGCGACAGAAGGAUUUCACUCAUACAUUCGGUCACGGAAAGUGUACCCCUCUAUUUUUUUUUUUUCCUGAGCAGUCGCGCAACAGCUUACGGAUGAGUUGCGUGGAUGUUAUCUGCUGGGUUGUCUCUGGAGGAGCGGCGACGGCGCGCAGAAAAGUGGAUGUUAACACCAUGGCUGCGACGAAUAGCUGGGUGCUCGGCAGACGGUGGUGAAGAUAGCUGCGAUGCACUUAAUGGGACCACCGUCACAUGCAGGGGUCAAAUGGCCCUGCAAAACUGGAAUAGGAGUGCUUUAUCUGCUACUCUCGCUGCUGCUGCUGCUGCUGCUGCUAUCAACCUGUCUAGGCCAAGACACUGACGACUGGCAAUAUGAGGAAUGUAAACUCUCUCGGUCGGGCCCUCCUGCUACCAUUGUCGCCAUAGAUGAGGAGAGUCCCAACGGAACGUUGUUGGUGGAGAACAUGCAGAUUAACGGCGUGGCUGAAGGUCCGGACCGAACCAUCUCUUUGUCUCUAAGGGACAACCACAACUACUGGGUGAUUCUGGACCCGUCCAAACAAGCCCUUUACCUUAACAGCACCGGACGGGUACUCGACAGAGAUCCCCCAUCGUACAUCCAGUCCAUCGUGGUUCAGGUGCAGUGUACCAACGAACUGGUGGGCACGGUAAUACUGCACGAGGUGCGCAUCGUCGUGCGGGAUCGCAACGACAAUAGGCCGCGGUUUCAGCAGCCAAGAUACUACGUUGCUGUGAGCGAGUUGACUCCAGUGGGCACAACCAUCUUUUCCGGCUUUUGGGGCAACAACGGGGCGACGGACAUCGACGACGGCCCCAACGGACAGAUAGAAUACACCAUCCAGUACAACCCCAAAGACCCGACGGCCAACAAAACCUUCGACAUCCCGUUGACGUUGUUUGGCGCCGUGGUGCUACGAGAACGUCUCAACUACGAGGAGAUAACGCGCUACCUGGUCGUUAUCCAGGCCAAUGAUCGAGCACCCAACCCUAGCGAGCGUCGGACCGCCACCACCACGCUAACCGUGGACGUUCUGGACGGCGACGACUUGGGGCCCAUGUUCCUGCCGUGCACCUUGGUUGGAAACACCCGCGACUGCAGUCCUAUCACAUACAAGUCCAACGUUCUCGAGCUGACCGACCCGACUAAGGUGAACCCCCUCAAUGUGACUCCGCCCAUUCAAGCAGUGGAUCAAGACAGGAACAUCCAGCCUCCGUCGGAUAGACCUGGAAUUCUUUACUCCAUACUAAUUGGCAAACCGGAGUCGUACGCAGAAUAUUUCAGCUUGAACAGAACCACUGCUGAGCUCCUGCUGCUGAAGCCCAUCGACAGAGAACUGCAUCGGAAAUUCGACCUGGUUGUUAAGGCGGAGCAGGACAAUGGCCACCCACUGCCGGCUUUCGCCAGCCUCCACAUUGAGGUCCUGGAUGAGAACAACCAGGCGCCGUACUUCCUGGAAAGCAGUUACCACGGUUACGUAAUGGAGGGCUCGCCGGUGGGCACCACCCUGGCCACCGACGCCGGCCUGUCGGACCCCUUAGCCAUCGUAGCUCUGGAUAAUGAUGUAGAAGAGAGCCGAGAUCCUCAGCUGGAACUGUCAUUGGACAGCUACUCCAACGUGUUUGCUGUGACAACCGGCGGAAUCACAAGAUAUCUGACUUUGGUGCAGCCGCUGGAUCGAGAGGAACAGGAUAUGUAUACCUUCACGCUACAAGCGUCUGACGGUGUCCAGCAAAGCGCCCCAGUGGACGUGACGAUUACAGUGUUGGACGCCAACGACAACACUCCGACAUUUGCCAACGUGUCCUAUAACGUCCAAUUGUAUACUGAUAUGACGCCUGGAGAAAGUGUGUUGCAGUUGUCAGCAGUGGAUGAAGACGAGGGGCUGAAUGGCCAGGUCGCCUAUCGGAUCUUGGCGGGGGAUCAAGGACACUUUCAGAUUGGAAAUAGCACCGGCAUCAUUAGCGUGGCCCCGGGCGUUGGGCUCUCCAUGGGUCGGAACUACGCCUUGACAGUGGAAGCCGUGGACAACGGAGCGGAACCUCACAGGAGGUCGUCCAUUACCACGGUCUAUAUCGAAGUUUUGCCGCCCAACAACCAGAGUCCUCCGCGCUUCUCCCGCCAGCGCUUCAACCUGGAGAUAAGCGAGGCCAUGAGGACGGGGGCAACAUUGCUCAGCCUACAGGCAGUGGAUCGGGAGAAAGACCCUAUCAUCUACAGAAUCAACAGAGGGGACCACUAUGGACAGUUUUUACUGGAGCGCAAUUCUGGCAAUUUGGUUCUGGAGAAGCCUUUGGACAGGGAGUCUGUGGACUUCUAUACGCUGGUCGUCACGGCUUCAGACGAACGGCCUGAUGGGACCUCCACGGCGACGGUGAACAUCGUGGUGACAGAUGUUAAUGACAACGACCCGCUGUUCGAUCCUUCGUUGCCUGUCAACCUCACCGUCACCGAAAAGCAGGAUCACGCAUUUGUGGGACAGAUCAAGGCCACCGAUCCAGACCUGGGGCCGAGUGGUCAGGUUCACUACAGAUUGGUCAACCAUCAAAAGCUGUUCUCCAUCAACUCCACGGGAGCCAUCAGAACCUUGGUGCCGCUUGACAGAGAGGUGAAGGGUCACUACUUCCUUAUUGUGGAGGCUUGGGACGGCGCCGUAGACCCGCGCCGGUCCAGACUGACGUUGUCGAUUACUGUUCUGGACGUGGAUGACAACAGUCCCGUUUUCAGUCAACAAACAUACAAUGUGGACCUGCCAGAGAACAGCCCCGAAGGCACCGUCAUACUCUCGCUUCACGCCAUUGACGCCGAUCUGGGCUCAAACCUCACUUAUCGCAUCAGAAAUGACAGCUCCAGCAAAAAAAUUCGCCAGCUUUUUCGCGUCGACCCAAUCACGGGAGAGUUAUCCGUGCGGAAAGUUCUGGACUUUGAGGCCUUGACCGCUUCCAAUUCCUCAUACACAUUCACCGUGGAAGCUCUGGACACUGAGGGGACCAUGCCACCAGGCCUGGCUUCUGUUACCGUCACCAUCACGGACGUGAAUGACUUUGCUCCAGUCUUCAGCCAGCCAAUGUACCGUGGCAUGGUUGCCCCCAACGCUAUCAAGGGGACUAUCGUAACCACGGUGACGGCCAACGACUCUGACCCCGCGGGAACGCCAGCUGGUCAGGUGCGCUACAAAGUGGACCAAGAGCCUUAUUCCUAUUCUGCUAGUAUAUUUGACGUGGAGGAAUACUCAGGAAAUGUCGUCACAAGAGUCAACCUCAAUGAGGAGCCCAACCUCAAAUUCAGUCUGGUUGUGGUGGCCUACGAUGACGGCGAACCCGUGAAAGAGAACCAAACGCUCGUGGAGAUCACCGUCCUACAGCCCUCCAUCAUCCCCAUCUUUACUCAGGAGGAAUACAGGUUUCCGCCCGUGAGCGAGGAAGCUUCGGUCGGAACCCCGGUGGGAGUCAUCCUGGCGGCUGCUGUCAAUCAAACCAUCGUGUACUCCAUCGUCGAGGGCAACCAGGGAGGCAUGUUUGUAUUAGACAACAAAACAGGGAUAAUAUCCACCGCCAAGGCUCUGGACUACGAGGCCAACUCCAGCUACGUUCUCAAGGUGGAAGCCGACUCCAUGAGGGUGGUUUCGUCAAACCUUCGUGUUCCCUCAAAGAGUAACACGGCCGUGGUGGUGAUUGACAUCCGGGACGAGAACGACCACCCGCCCGUCUUCACCACCGCUCUUUACAUCGGAGGCGUAGCAGAGGAUGCCAAAACCUUCACCUCGGUUCUGCAAGUGCAGGCUCUGGACAAAGACACGGGCAACUACAGCUCUAUGACUUACCGCCUCAUCAACGCCCCCUUGGCCGGGAAAGAUGCCAAAGAGAAGAAAGACGGCUUUGUCAUGGAGCCGCUCAGCGGCGUGCUUAAAACGGCCAUCAUGUACCGCAAUAUGCGCCGAUCCUAUUUCAGGUUUGAGGUGGUCGCCACCGACGACUACGGCCAAGGACACAGUAGCAAAGCCGAGAUAGUGGUAUCAGUGGUGAACCAGCUCGACAUGCAAGUCGUCGUCUCAAACGUCCCUCCGACGUACGUGGACAAAAACAAAGACGACCUGCUCAGGAUUUUGGAGCGUUACGUUCAAGAGCAGAUUCCGGGUGCAAAGGUGUUCGUGGAAACGAUAGGUCCCCACCGUCACGGUGACGGACUGGAACAAGAGGACUACGCCAAAUCGGAUCUAAUGAUUUACGCUAUCGACCCGCUGACAAAUAGAGCCGUGUCCAGACAGGAGCUCUACAAGUUUCUGGACGGGAAACUUUUGGACAUCAACAAGGAGUUUCAGCCUUUCAUGCCACCCGGCGGGCGCAUUUUGGAAAUCCGGACGCCAGAGGUGGUGACGGGAGUGAAAAAGGCUGUGCAGACUGUGGGCUACACGGAGGGGGCGCUGUUGGCCCUGGCGGUCAUCAUCAUCAUCUGCUGCGUGCCCGCCAUACUCGUCGUGAUCAUCACCUACAGGCAAUUCAAAGAACGACAGGAAGAGUGUGCCAAGACUGCCCGCAUCCAGAUGGCGCUCCCGAGCGGCAAACCUGGUGGGGUCACCGCCAACAAUCUGUACGAAGAACUGGGCGACAACGCCAUGCGCAGAUUCGGACAACACGAGACACAACAACUCCUUCGACCUUCUCUCCUUAGACCUGAGGAGUUAUCCAUGGAGUCUGGUAUUGACCCGGGUCAGGACUACUAUACGCAGGAAUACUACACAUAUGAUCACGGAUAUGACCUUCCCCAGUACGGCAGUCGGCGGAAGCUGAUCUCGCCCUCGGGCCUUUACGAUGAAUACGGAGAGGUUGUUGUCGACGACGAUGGCAGUUACUACUAUAGCCCGCAGGAGUCCGACGGUGAGCAUGGCUGUCGAACACGUCGGAUCAAGCUAGUGGUGGACCGCGAGUAUGAGACAAGCUCCACCGGUGAUGACAGUGCGCCAGAAUCCCAACGCGGCCGCGCCACCUCGACCUUCACCAACCACAGCAACGUCAACGGCGGCCUCUACGUAGCCCAGAACGGCUCGGUGGUCCGCACUCGGCGCUCCGUCACGCCCACCAACAACAAACCCCCGUCGCCGGCUUUCAGCUCAAGGCUGGCCAAGCAUUUUAAAAAACUGGACAAAAUGGCGGCCACUCUGGAGGAGAAAUUGCCCCUGAACAGCCCCAAAACUGUGGCGGAGAGAGGCGUCAAAACCCUUCGCACCUUCAAGACCUCCGGUAGCCCUUCUUUCACUACGACCGACAUUCAUAAAACCGUCAACGUGUUCGACACUCGACAAUCCAGCCUUUCGUCAGAAUCGACCAGCAACGCUGGCCCGGAACGAGCCUCCAACGCCGAAGUGGAGACGGGACAGAACGGGAACGACGAGAACAGAGAUGAGGGCGAGAUAGAGUCCAGAGUUGACGGCAGCAACAGCGAGGCGGACGAAGGCCUCGUCAUGAGGGAGCUUCCCAGGUGUCCCAGCGAGAGGACCCAAUCGGACGAGGAGGAGCUAUGGAUGGGGCCCUGGAACAAUCUUCACAUUCCCAUGACCAAGUUAUGACUGGCAUCAAACACGACAAGUUUUCGGUCUCAAUAACUCUUCAUUUGUGUUCCGAUUGCAGAAAUCAGCAUGUCAAAAUGAUUCUUAGAGGGCCGUUUACAUGACGAUGUUGACAGGGGGGAAAAACACACAAAAAAUUUGAUAUCGUUUAGACGGAAACAGUGUUUUGGUAGCCUGACUGGCACUGGUCAUGUACAAGAUACAUGGCAAGUCAGUCUGUUCUUCUGUGGUUUAUGGUGCCUUCAUGCCUUAUGGUAAAUACAAUUGUCGAGUCGAAAAGUGCAUAUGACAUAACAAAAAAAAUCUUAAGUAGCAUCAUUAUUGGAAUUAAAAUCAUAUUUUGAGACAAUUCAACUACAUUGCUGGACAAAAGUAUUUCCACCCCUGCAAUUCUGUCAGAUAAUUAUUAAUUUCUCCCAGAAAAUGAGUGCAAUUUGGUAGUAAUUUCUUCAUUUAUUUUGCUUGCAAUGAAAAAACACAAAAUAGAAUGGGGGGAAAAAAUUAAAUCAUUAUCAUGUUAAACAAAACUCCAAAAUUGGGACGGACAAAAGUAUUGGCACCCUUUGAAAAAUCAUGUGAUGCUUCUUUAACUUGUGUAAUUAACAGCAACUGUUACUUACCUGUGGCACAUAAAAGGUGGUGGCAAUAACAAUCACACUUGCAGCCAGUGAAAAUGGAUUAAAGUUGACUCAACCUCUGUCCUUGUGUGUACCUCAUUGAGCAUGGAGAAAAGAAAGAAAACCAAAGAACUGUGAGGUCUUGAGAAGCAAAAUUGCGAGGAAGCAGGGGUAAUCUCAAGGGUGCAAGUCCAUCUCCAAAGACCUGAAUGUUCCUUUGUCUACCGUGCGCAGUGCCAUCAAUAAGUGUAAAGCCCAUGGCACUGUGGCUAACUUAAAAUUGACAAGAGAUUUCAACGAAAGAUUGUGUGGAUGGUGGAUAAAGAACCUCGACUUAAAUCCAAACAAGUUCAAGCUGUCCUGCAGUCCGAGGGUACAACAAUGUCAACCCGUACUAUCCGUCGGUGUCUGAAUGAAAAGGGACUCUAUGGUAGGAUACCCAGGAAGACCCCACUUUUGACCCAAAGAGACAAAAAAAGCCAGGCUGGAGUUUGCCAAAACUUACCUCAGAAAGCCAAAAAUGUUCUCUGGUCAGAUGCGACAAAAGUAGAGCUUUUUGGGAAAAUACAUCAACAUAGAGUUUACAGGGGGGAAAAAAACGAAGCCUUCAAAGAAAAGAACACGGUCUCCACAGUCAAACAUGGCGGAGGUUCCCUGAUGUUUUGGGAUUGCUAUGCUGCCUCUGGCACUGGAAUGCUUGACCGUGUGCUUUGAAUUAUGAAGUCUGAAGACUGCCAACAAAUUUGCAGAAUAAUGUAGGGUCCAGUGUGAUAAAGCUAGGUCUCCCUCAGAGGUCAUGGGUCUUCCAGCGGGAAAAUGACCCAAAACACACUUCGAAAAGCACUUGAAAAUGGUUUGAGAGAAAGCACUGGAAACCUCUAAAGUGGCCAGCAAUGAGUCCAGACCAGAAUCCCAUAGAACACCUGUGGAGAGGAUCUGAAAAUGGCAGUUUGGAGAAGGCACCCUUCAAAUCUCAGAGACCUGGAGCAGUUGGCCAAAGAAGAAUGGUCAUUCACUAGGUCCCCCCGUGUGGUUCUGGGAUUUUUGCUCACCGUUCUUGUUACCAUUAUGAUCAUUUUGACGCCACGGGGUGAGAUCUUGCAUGGACCUCCAGAUCGAGGGAGAUUAUCAGUGGUCUUGUAUGUCUUCCAUUCUCUAAUAAUUGCUCCCACAGUUGAUUUCUUUACACCAAGCGUUUUACCUAUUGCUGAUUCAGUCUUCCCAGCCUGGUGCAGGUCUACAAUUUUGCCUCUGGUGUCCUUCGACAGCUCUUUGGUCUUGGCCAUAGUGGAGUUUGGAGUGUGACUGACUUAAGUUGUGGACAGGUGUCUUUUAUACCGAUAAUGAGUUAAAACAGGUGCCAUUAAUACAGGUAACGAGUGGAGCCUCGUUAGACCUCGUUAGAAGAAGUUAGACCUCUUUGACAGCCAGAAAUCUUUCUUGUUUGUAGGUGAAGAAAUACUUAUUUUCCACUCUAAUUUGGAAAUAAAUUCUUUAAAAAUCAAACAAUGUGAUUUUCUUUUUCUUUUUUUUCCACAUUCCAUCUCUCAUGGUUGAGGUUUACCCACGUUGACAAUUACAGGCCUCUCUAAUCUUUUCAAGUAGGAGAACUUGCACAAUUGGUGGUUGACUAAAUACUUAUUUGCCCCACUGUAGUAUACACAUUUAUAAAACUUUUUUUUUCAAACCAAGUCUUAAAACUUACCCUUUGCAUUUAGUUGAUGGAUUACUAGGUCUAAAACUGUCGCUACAGACCAAAAUAAAGGUCAUGGGUGCUGUGUUUUUUUUUUUUUUUUUUUGCUACGACAACAAAAGCACAUGAACAGGACUUAUUCGUAAUGACCAAUUAACCAAAGGUAAGGAUCAUCUUUCCCACAGCAUGUGAAGGCGGCAUUAAGCUGGAUUUCAAAAUCGAUAUUGGAGUUGAGGCUAACAAGCACAGACUGAAUCUGAAAGAACCAAUUAAAAAAGCAGAGAUGGGAUGUGACGUAAACGGAAUGCGAAUCACGCUAUUGGUUGCAGUCAAUUUAUAUUUCAAACAAUCGUGCCGUUUCAUUUGUUAUUUUCCUGGAAAAUCGCAGUAUUGUCAUGAGCAGUACAUGUUUUCAGAAAGAAAACAUACUGUUUGAAAGAUUUGCGUGGUUAGAUCUGCUUUUGACUCAAUCUCACAACAAAUAUGUGCAAAAUUUUAGAACCACAGAAGACUAAAUUGAAUGUAUCUUGUACAAGGCUCGCAUUUUGGGCGGGGUGAAACUGUAAAAAUCUGAAAACCUCCGGAUUGGAAAUCUUGACGACGCUCCACUCUGUUGUCGCCGUCACAAAUCGCACGAAUAUACCUACACACACACACAAAAAAAAAUCAAUAUCAAAAUGCCACAUUUUUGCUUCGGACGGUUUCCGUCUAAACGUUGCAAAAUGCAAACACAGGUGUCCAUUUUUAAGAAGCUUUCAGCAAAUUAAAAGUCAUCGAAAGUUGACGUGAAUUGGAUCUUUGAGCACUUUUUCUUUCCCGUUCAACGUCACGGCUUAUUUGGAAAUUGUGACGUCUUGUACGUUGGACAAGGUGCUUGACAAACAGGAGAAAAAAAAUAAAAACAUGUCAGCCAAUGACCCUUGUAUGGGCGCCUGUUGUCUUUAUUGCACUCUUACCAACCAAUCAAUAGACAGAUUCAUGCUGAUGUCAUCGAGUGUUGAUUUGAAAUCGCUCUU